AUGCACAAAAAUCUCCUAACCCUGCUUGUGCUACUCAUCUUUUUGAGUUUCUCAUCGUAUGUUCUCUCUUCCUCUUCUUCACCUGCAACAAGUAAGCAUUUCAAAAUAUAUUUGAAAGGUGAAGAAGAUUCACAUGUUCUACCUUCUUUAGCUAAGGUGGAUGAGAAAUAUGGUGAGGAAAUGGUGCUAGGAGAUGUGGAGGAAGGAUUAGUAGAAAGGAGGGUGGAUUUGGAAACUCAAGACUAUGAUGGGACAGGAGCAAAUAGAGAUCAUGAGCCUAAACCUCCUAGGGUUUAA